UCCGCGCUGAGCAAAGCGCGCGUGGUGAUCAGGAAAAGAUGUCGCGGCUGUCAAUAUGUACCGUAAUUCAAUUACACGUGAUACGUCGGUUACAUACACCUACUUCGUGUUCAGGUUAAUCGAGGUUCGUGCAAUGCUGAUGACUGGACACCAUAGAACACUGUACGAAGUGGACAUAUCGGACGACCCGGGCAGUCCGGCUAGUCACCUAAGCCCGCGGCGCUGGGAGGCGAGAGUACAGAGUAUACGGGUAGAAGCUAAAAGACAGAAGAGACAGAAGGGAGCGACGCUAGGGUGCGGCCGCAGGGGUGCGCCUGUCACCCUAAUGAACUUCGUGGAUGGAUCGAGAAUGUGUGGAGGGAGUGAAAAAGGAGGUGGGAAGAUGCGAGAGGCGGUAAAGGAUCGAAGAAGCCACGAGAAAGGGAGGGCGAAGGGAAGGGCAGCCAUAGGGCGUUCGCGGAUCCACAGGCCAUGCAGGCACGGUGGUGCUACGUGACGAACGGGCGAAGAGGAAUGCGCGUUGUUGUAGGUGCGGGUAUUCGUGGUAAUCCAGUAUACGUAUCUACGGUGUGUGUAUACCCGGGGACGUUGAGACGAGCGAGAAGAAACGAAUAAAGUAAAGGACAACCGGCAUCCGAGGAACGAGCAUAUAAAACAGUGACGUCAUACGACCGGCGAGUGGUCCCAACCGCAGAAUAAUCCUGCGGAGCCCCGGUCUUCUUCGUAUCGCGUUGUUCGGAUGGAAUCCCGAUGCAUAGCGAGAAAGGAAUUCGCGAAUUUCCGAUUACGUUCGAGGAAAUCGGUCGAAACGUCCACUCGAUCGGAAUAUUUCCAAAUUCAUUUUCCGUUCUUCCUUUCGUUGGAAACGUCAUAUCGGGUAGACACCUUGAUAAAAGUGGGUCGUUCGAACGACGCCGAGCGUUUCGUUUUGCGGGAAAUCGACGAUUCCCAAUUCCCAAUUGAAACGUCAUCCGACAAUAUAUAUAAAUACGCGUAAAAGCCAUACGACGAAGUACAUUAAAACGCGAUACACCGCAGCUGGCGAAGAAUUAAAAAGUAAACGUUGAGAAAGGAAGAGCUGCUAUGUUAUUUCUACUCACGUAUAAGAACACCUAUAUGCGGGUAGACGAGUGUACGGACCUCUAUUCAUUAAACACACGCCGUUCCGUUUCGUUUCGUUUCAUUUCAUUUCAUUUCAUUUCAAACGUUAAUUACUCUCUUCGUACACUUUUUUUUCCACUCCGCACGCGAAUUACUCCGAACCGACUGCCUCUAUGGGCGUAAUUAAACACGUAUGCAAAAUGUUGAACUUCCAUCUGUUUCCAAGUUUCAACCUCACGCCGUAAGCCUAAAAUAAAUUUCUUCGGCACUGUCCUCAAAGUGUUCUAAUGAGGAAAUUUGAUCGUUGAAUUGUUUAAUUUUUUUUAUGUGAUUUCGAAAAACAAUUUCACGCGAGGAACUACCCGACCAACUCUCGCAAGA